CUCUUUCAUUUGCAUCAGCAUCAUCAAAGCUUAAUUGAUUCCUCACUCAAUCCGUCUCUCUCUUGAUCUCUCUAUCAUUCUGUCACUCCUCACAUGGCUCGUUCUUUGAAUCAACUUGUUUCUUUCAUCUUCGUCGUCUUCCUCCUCCUUCUGGCCUCAGGGAUGGGGCCAAGAAUGGUGGCAGAAGCAAGAACAUGCGAGUCAAAGAGCCAACGCUUUAGAGGGAUUUGUGUGAGGUCCUCUAACUGUGCCUCUGUCUGCCAGUCGGAGGGCUUUUCCGAUGGCCAUUGCCGUGGCUUCCGCCGUCGUUGUUUCUGUAGCAAACAAUGCUGAGUCAUUCUGAAAUGUGUUCACAUCUUGCCUAUGGGGAAGAGAAGAUCAUGAUGUGUGCUUGUGUGUUGCAGAAUAAUUUGUACCCUCCCUAUAUAUAUUGGGUACUUUCUUUUAUGUAACCUAUGUUCAAGUAUCUUAAAUCUAUUACAUGCUAGUAUGCUACGAAAUCAAAUAAUUUUAUAUCUAAAAACUUGUCCUUUUUUCA